GAACCAAAAAUGGAUUUGAGUAAUGAAAACACCGACAAGCAAAAGGCAAAGUCAUCUAAAGACCGCCAUAUCAGAGUUGAAGGCCGUGACCGUCACAUCCGCAUUCCGGUGAGCUCUGCUUCCCAACUAUUUCAGCUAACAAACGAACUCGGUUUCAAGACUGACGGCGAAACCAUAGGGUGGCUCCUCCAAAAGGCCGAGCCUGCCAUCAUCGCCGCUACCGGCCACGGUGUGAACAUCACCCCAACUGGAGACAAUCAAGAAUUAUUCUCGAGGGGAAUGGUGUAUCACAAGCAGCCUGUUAUGUCACAGGCAUCGAUGCCUCAGCCGCAACCGCAGCGCCCACAGCCACAGCCACAGUUCUCAAUUGAUCAAAGAGACUAAUGGUUGGAAUUAACUAGAGCUCGUUUUAGUUCCGGUUGAAUUAAAAUACAGAGUUAAUUCAGUUUGGUCUGUUCAACUACAGGUUGUUUUCUAUUUGCCUUUGUUGUUGUCCCGUUUUUAUUUUCAAUUAAGAUGAAUGGUAAUAAGCA